GGGCCGUGGGACAGCACCUCCCCGGCCAGUAGGCGUCUCUGACAGGGUCGGACCAUGCCGUACCCGCAGCUGCAGCAGCCGGCACCUUUCUUUCGGAGCCAGGCGGCAGAGAACGGCGUGUUCCGGGAGAUCUCUCUGCACGACUACCGAGGCCGCUACCUGGUGCUCUUCUUCUACCCGCUCGACUUCACCUUCGUGUGCCCCACUGAGAUCGUGGCCUUCAGCGACGCCGCCUGCAAGUUCCGCGAGAUCAACUGCGAGGUGAUAGCGUGCUCGACCGACUCGCACUUCUGCCAUCUGGCCUGGGUCAACACGCCCCGCAAGGAGGGUGGCCUGGGCCCUAUGAACAUCCCGCUGCUUUCCGACAAGAACAUGAUCAUCUCACGGGCGUACGGCGUACUCAAAGAGGACGACGGAUACCCAUUCCGAGGCCUGUUCAUAAUUGACACGGAGGGCGUGCUGCGCCAGAUCAUCGUCAACGACAUCGGCGUGGGUCGCUCGGUGGACGAGGUGCUGCGGUUGGUCCAGGCCUACCAGUUCGUCGACAUCCACGGCGAGGUUUGCCCCGUGGGGUGGAAGCCUGGCGAUGAUGGGGUGAAGCCGGACACGGACCAGAGCAAAGCCUACUUUUCAGUCUCGCACAAGUAGAUAAGUAGGACUGCCGUUAUGAGGCAUGUCAGUCAUAUGGACAGGGUGAAACGUGGUCCGGUAAAUGACGAUGUAAACUCCCAUGUUGGGCCCGAGUUUGAUUUCCUCUUGGAGGUACGCUGCUUGGCGUCAAUA